AUGGGAAAGGGCAAUUGGUUUCUGAGUAUUAUAGAGAAAAACAAGGGUGUCCUGGUAAUGAUAUUUGUGCAGCUUGUGUACUCAGGCAUGGCUCUCUUCUCUAAAGCAGCAAUAUCUAAAGGAAUGAACCCUUAUGUCUUUGUUGCUUACCGCCAGGCCUUUGCCACUCUUGCCUUGGCUCCCUUUGCUUUCUUCCUCGACAGGAAGAAGUCUGAUCUGUUGUCAUACAGCCUAAUUGGGAAGAUUUUCUUGGCUUCUUUGUUUGGGAUCACAUUGAGUUUGAAUCUCUACGCGUAUGCAAUAAACUAUGUCUCUGCGACAUUUGCUUCUGCCAGCAAUAACACGAUUCCUGCGCUUACGUUUCUGAUCGCUGUUGCAUUCAGGAUUGAGAGUUUUUCAAUAAGGAAUUCUCCAGGAAUAGUGAAGUUGGUAGGGUCAGUGGUUAGUCUUUCCGGGGCAAUGGUAUUCGCGUUUGUGAAAGGCCCACGGGUCAAUUUCAUGAACUGGCAUACUGGGACUGAUGAGAACCAGCUGAAGACAAAUCCUGUCAUCAAUUUCAGCAGUAAAGAGAAGUGGAUACAAGGUUGUCUGCUUAUGCUCUCAGCCAACACUGCAUGGGCCUCCUGGCUCGUCAUUCAGGCGCCUCUAGUGAAGCAGUAUCGGGCAAAAUUUCGUCUGACAAUGCUGCAGUGCUUGUUUAGCUGCAUACAAUCGUCAGUUUGGGCGAUGAGCAUGAACAGGGACUUAUCGUCAUGGAAGCUUAACUGGGAUUUGAAUCUCUUUUCAGUGGCAUAUUGUGGGGUGGUCGUGACUGGAAUAACAUACUGGUUGCAGCUGUGGGCAGUGGAGAGCAAGGGCCCUCUGUUUGUCGCCAUUUUCAGUCCAUUGACACUGAUUUUUACUGCUAUUAUCUCAGCAUUUCUCUGGAAGGAGACGCUGUAUUUGGGAAGUGUUUGUGGAGGCAUAUUGCUGGUGGGGGGAUUGUACUGCGUCCUCUGGGGGAAAAACAAAGAAGCCCAAAAGCAAGCAAAUCAAGAGCAGACACAACCACAAAAUUUUGCUAAGGAGGAAACCAUUGUCUAGCUAGCUUAGCUACCGCAUUACGCAUUUUUUGCUGAUCGAUUUACAUAUAUCUUUUCAAGAAUCCAAAUGGGGUUUCCAAAUCUUGAUCGUACCAUUAGUUCUAAUAUAAAAUCAACCGAUUUCGCCUCUUUUUUUCCUUUUUUUUUUUUGGGUUGUUCGUUUUUUAUUAAUAGGAUUAAUGGGAAUUAGCGGGUGAUUGAAAUUGUUCGUAUAUGUGUAUAAACGUGCUUUUGUUUACAU